AGUGAGGGAGAGGCUGAAAGCUGUGGCUAGCUUUUUCAGCGUGAGAGAGCUGUUUGUGUUUUGAAGGCAUUCGUCGUCAAAGGAAGUUGCCACCUCCUAGAUUUCAAUCGACAUCAAGCUGAAAUUACUCUGGAUUCUAGCUAGCUACUGUCUUCUACUUGAUAAACAACGUCCCUGUCUCGAACUGUCAACACCUUCAUCGAGCACCAACUAGCUACAUCUCUCCUGGGUGCAGUCUGGCCAAGAAAAUAAUGUCCUACAGUUGAAGAUGGGAGGUAGUGGCUCCAAAACCAAAGGUUAUUGGCCUUUUGCUGGUUCAGGCAGUGUUGAUGGUGAUCCAACCAAAGAGGGAGUCGACGCACAGUCGCUGGCGAGGCUCCAAAGUUUCCGAAGUGCGACGCCCUUCGUGUUUACCAGACGAAGCUCCCUGUACUUUGACGAGGAUGGAGACCUGGCCCACGAGUUCUAUGAGGAGACGGUUGUGACGAAGAACGGCCGCAAGAGGGCCAAACUGAAGAAGAUCCAGAAAAACCUCAUACCUCAGGGAACCAUAAAGCUGGAGCACCCCUGCAUCCAUGUGGAUUUCCCUGUCGUUCUCUGUGAGGUUUGAUGAAGCCUGGAGCCACGUUUUGAGACCAGACUCAGACUAGCCAAUGUGUCAACUCCGUCCCCCUGUUUCCCUCUCCACCUAUACUUUACCCUGAAGCCCUCCACCUACCCUCCUCUAAACCACCGUGGUCUCCCUGUGAUGAUGUUUGGCAGGAGCCCUGACCUGUGAUGAUAGACAGGCUGUCUAAACACAUGAUUGUGUUGAGCCCCUGCAUGUGGACUCUGUAAAGUGUGGCCUGUGUGCAGUCACGUUACACAAAGUAGUAUGUGGCCACUUACGGAGACCGUCGAUGAUCUGUGAAACACGUCGGUUAAGAUGGCUGAAGACAUAAUUAUGCUCCCGUUACCCUCAACCUAUUCAAUAUAUACAGUAUGUGUGUUAGUGGAUAUGGAAUGAAUUGUGACAACAGCUUGUCUGCCUGUCUCACAGCAGCAGUGUGCUCUUGUAGGAGGAUCCAUUGUACUUUGUAAGGAGAAUGUAAUGGGACAAUUUGAGUUGAACCAUGGGCUGUUAAGUAGAGUAGUGUGUCUCAGAAUAGGCCGGCAAUCCUAUAUCUUUAAACCCCGCCCUAGAGAGUUAAUUUACCAUCUGUACGUAUUAAGGGGUGAGAUUUUCCGAUACCUGUUCAGUCUUCAGAGCUUCCAGAGUAAUGAUAGGGCUUCAACUAUUAGGGCCAUAUCCUGAGGUCAGAGAUAUAGGAAUAUUUAAUGCACAUUUUAUGUUUACAAGUUUUUAAAAAACGCCAUGGCUUGAUAUAAUUUCCACCAUGCAUGACGAUGGCUCUGCUUCUGUCAUUUCCCCAUGAUGGAGCUAGACAAUUGGUGGCCAAUGUGAUCUAAGCUGAUCUUAAUGUGAUGUGUUGUGAUGUUUGACUGGCUGUGGUGAUCAUGGUGUCAAGACCAGGGCUUGUAGUUAUGAAACGUUUGAGUAUGCGCUGAUCUAGAAUCAGUUUUAACCUUUGAGAUCAUCAUAGUGAAUCACAUUAACAUUAAAGGGACUGGGGGGGGGCUGGGGUCUGAUCCUAGAUCUGCAAUCCUACUGAAUUGCUUUUUUUUAGCACGGGCCCAGGCAUCAGACACAUGUACAGAGAAGCAAGAACUUGAGUCCCCCUGGGAAAGUCCUCUGUUCCUUCACUGCUUUAGUGCGAUACAUUUCACUGUUAAUUUAUUAUAACUGUUACAAUGGCAUUGUUUUUAAUUACAACUCAAAAUGUA